AUGUUUGAGGCUUGGCUUUCUCUCAAGAAGACGCUCCAGUGCAAACCACAUCCAAAUCAAGUUCAUGAUCCAAAGACUAUUAGGCAACAAAAAGGUAAUCAGCGAACAAAGUUAGCCAGUCUUGAGAUUUCAAAUACCAAAGAUUUCAUCCAAGAAAGCAAGAGGCACUCAAAAAAUUCACUAGGUUUCAAAGGGGACAUUGACAUCACUGGUCCCAUAACCCAUGAAAUUACUCUCAAUAGCUCAAACCAUGAAACUAGUCGAAGUUUUCCUUGUCCUCAAAGCACUAGCAGCAAUAAAGCUUCUCAUAGAACACGAAGGUCAGCUACAUCUUCAAGGAUAACAUUUCCUGUAGAUUACAAUGAAGCAAAUGUCUCCUCCAACACAAGGACGUUGGUUCAGAUGGAUUCUGAUGGUUGCUCAACAUUGACAUGUCACAAAUGUGGCGAGAGAUUAAAAAAUGUUGAUGCUGUAGAAGCACACCAUAUCUCCCACCAUUCAGUUAUUGACCUUGAAGAAGAUUCAUCUAGACAGAUUAUAGAAACCAUAUGUGGAACAAGAUCGGUUUAUUCUGAAAGCAUGUUGGGCGAGAUUGAUUGCAUCUUGAAGGUUCUGAGCAUACCAAAAACCUUUGCUUGUUUUGAGGAAUAUAGAGAAAAGGUGAAGGAAAAGGCUGACAAAGAAAAGAAAAAGCACCCACGUUGUCUGGCUGAUGGAAACGAACUUUUAAGGUUCCAUGGCACAACCAUUGCAUGCUCUCUCGGGGUAAACAGUUCUUAUAGCCUGUGCACUUUAGACUACUGUGGUAUAUGUCAAAUUCUGAGACAUGGGUUCUCGACCAACAAGGAAUUCAAAGGUGCAUUGGGCGUUUACACCACUUCCACAAGUGGAAAAGCCUUUGAGUCGAUUUCCAUUAUGACAUCCCAUGAGAGAGCAUUUCCAAGAAAAUCCAUCAUAGUGUGCAGAGUAAUCGCUGGGAGAAUUCAUAGCCCUCUUGAAGGAAUUGAGGAAAGGGUUGAUUCAGAGUUUGAUUCAUUGGCAGAAAAAUAUGGGCAUUCAGAUGUUGAGGAACUGUAUGUGUUAAAUCCCAGAGCCCUUCUCCCUUGCUUUGUGGUAAUCUACAAGCAACAAACAGCCAAGGUUAGAAGGUUCAGCCCAAGCUUAAGGAUAAGCAGCUUUUAA